AAUAUCUACUGCGUAGUAUAGAGUAAAAAGCAACAAUUAUUAGGCCACGCACAAAACACCAUUAAACAAUCAUGAUGAAGUCUGCCUCCCGGACCGCAUUAAUAUUAGCCACCGCUCUAUCCCACCGCUCCUUAAACCCUAACCCCAGCACCCCUUUCUUCCUUCGCAACGCCUCCGCCACUGUUUCUCUUCCACUGAUCUACUGCACCACCACUGUCACGUGGCGGCCACCUACCUGCAACCAUUUCUGCACUUCAAUGGCAGCCGGUGACUCCUCCCCUACUUCCGCUGCUGUCGAGAAGCAGUUUGAUACGUUUCGUUUCAGUCUAGAAGAAUCUGGUAACUUACGUGACCGCAUCAAAGCUGUUGCGACUGAGAUUGAUUCGACUACUCGGAUCAUGCACUCUAUUCUUCUUCUUGUUCAUCAAUCUCGGCCCAUUCCUGAGGUUCUAGAGAAGGUUAACUCUCAUGUUGACAAAUUGAAGCAGCUUUUCAGUAAGCUUGCAGAAAUUGUUGGUGAAAGCCCUGGCCAAUACUACAGAUAUCAUGGUGAUUGGCGAAGUGAGACACAACAAGUAGUCUCUCUCCUUGCUUUUACACAUUGGCUAGAAACAGGAAGCCUUCUAAUCCAUACAGAAAUGGAGCAAAAACUAGAGCUGAAUUCAGAGUUUUGCCUUGAUGUUGAAGACUACCUUACUGGAAUUUGCUUUAUGUCAAAUGAAUUGCCUAGGUAUGUGGUGAAUCAAGUGACAGCAGGGGAUUAUGAUUGCCCUAGAAAGGUGUUAAAGUUUUUAACUGAUCUUCAUGCUUCAUUUCGCAUGCUUAAUCUCAGAAAUGACUUUUUGCGAAAAAAGUUCGAUGGAAUGAAGUAUGAUUUGCGGAAAGUUGAGGAGGUUUAUUAUGAUGUGAAGAUCCGAGGGUUGGGAUCUAAGGGUGUUGCGGAAGUAGAUCAAAGUGUACAAGAAAGUUAGAUCUUUUUGGAAUAUGUAAAGGAUGUGCUAAGUUAUGGGGAUUGUAGGUGAAUUGUGGUCAAUUGUUUUUUGGACAAUUUUUUUUAUUUGGUAGCUUAUCUUAGUAUCUAUGGUGUUUUUGUAUUGUGUGCUUUAAUAUUCGAAUUAGACUGAUGCCUAAGGGUGGAUGGGGUCCACAUGAUUAGCGUGUGGGUUAGUGGCGGUAUCGCGAAUUGAAUCAAACCGUGAUCAAUCCCUCCCUAUGCUCUCUCUACCCUUGCAUUUGCUUUCGAAAAAUAAAGGGCAACUGCAAAAAUGGUUCCUGUGGUAUUCAUUUUUUCUGGGUUUUGGUCAAAACCAUAACUUUUUUGGAUUCGUGGUUUUUUGAGCUAGUUUUGUUGCGUAUUUGAUCAUUCCGAAAAUUAAAAUGACUAUAAUACCCUUGGUUUUAUUAUUUUCCGUUCUUUCAUUUUUUUUAAACCUGUGAAAA